CAGACUCGCCAACGAACAACAGGUGAAACCGCAGCAGUCAAUCCGAACUUCUGACGCAUAUUCACAUCGAUAAAAUACAAAAAAAAAAGAUUCAUUUUAUUCCGAACCAUUAACGCUGAACCACUAAGCCGCUGCCGCGUCGCCGUCUUGCCGCCACUCAAUACCGCGUCGUAACCACAUUAUUACACUGUCGUUUAUUUGCGAUUGUUGUUGUUGUCGAUGCGCUAAAAUAAAACAAAAAGAAAAACAAUGUAUCGCAUAGCAGGUUUGCUGUUUACAUUUUGCCUUGCGCUAGUCCGUAUCGCCCCGGGAAACGGUCAAGGGUACUACUCAAUCAUAGCUCCAAAUACUAUCCGCCCUAACUCACAGUAUCAUGUAGCUGUAACCAUCCACAAAAGUAAUGAACCAGCUACCAUUAAAAUUGGUAUACUUAGCUCAAAAUUCACAGACUUCAAAACUGUUGAAGUUCGUCCAUAUUCUUCAGAGUUAGUUCACUUUGAGAUUCCAGAUCUCAAGCCCGAUCGGUAUAGUCUUACGGCAGAAGGCGUUGUUGGCAUAACUUUCACCAAUGAAACCAAGCUCAACUUUGAAUCUCGACAAUUUACAGUCCUGAUUCAGACUGAUAAAGCUAUUUAUAAGCCUGGUGAUAUUGUUCAUUUUAGAGUAUUACUACUAGACUCAAAUCUUAAGCCAGCUAGAAAUUAUGGAACAGUGAAUCUUGAAAUUAGAGAUGCAAGUGGAAACCUGAUAAAAACUACAAGAAAUGUAAGAUUUACAAGUUCUGUCCUCACAGAUGAACUUCAACUAUCGACAUUCCCAGUUUUGGGUGAAUGGUCGAUUAACGUUGAAGUCCACGGAGAUCAACAUAAGCAAACUUUUGAAAUUGCUGAAUACAUUUUACCUAAAUUCGAAGUAGCUAUUGAUACUGCCAAGCAUGCAAUCUACAAAGAUGGCAAGAUCACCGCUACGGUGCGUUCAAGAUACGCCUUUGGAAAACCUAUAAAAGGUGAAGCAACUAUCUCAGUUUAUCCAAAGUUCUUUGGAUCACUCCAACCAUUUGUAUUCGAUUUGAUUACACGUAAAGUUGUUCCGAUUGAUGGAAAAGCCUACGUUGAAUUCGAUAUAAAAGAAGAAUUAAAAUUCAAAGAAGACUUUGAACGAGAUAUUCUUCUCGAAGCUGUGGUAGAAGAAGAGACCUCUGGAGCAAAACAGAAUACAACAACUGUUGUUAAUUUAUUCCGAGAUCGAUAUAGUAUUGAAACUAUUCGGAUUCCAAAAUAUUAUAUUCCCGGUGUACCGUUUGAGGUUAUGGUAAAAAUUGUUCGAAAUGAUGGAAGUCAGUUAAAGGAUUUCAGUACUGACAUAUCAGCAUUUCUAACGAAUUCGUAUGGAGGAAGUGAAAUGUAUAACAAAACAAAUUAUACUCUUGAUGGAAAUGGAGUUGUGAAAUUGAAAUUUACAGUUCCUGAAGAGGAUCAUGAUGCUUACCAUUCGGUUAUUGUAACUUAUAUGGAUGUUUCUAUUGAUGCUGGAAAAAUACCAAGAAAGCAGUUAAAUAGCAAAAACUUUAUUUUAGCACAAAUUGUAACUGAUCGACCAAUGGUUAAUCAAGAAGUUAACUUUAUUGUGAAGACCAACCAACCAAUGCAGUAUUUUGUGUACCAAAUUGUCGGACGUGGUGACAUUUUGAUGUCCCGUUCAGUGGACGUUCCCAAUACCAAAUACCACGCAAUUAAGUUUCUAGCAACAUUUGCAAUGGUUCCCAAAGCCAAACUCUUGGUCUACAUGGUAGUAGAUGGUGAAUUAAUAUACGACGAGCAAACAAUAGAAUUCGGACAGGAUUUAGUGAAUUUUGUCAAAAUCGAAGCACCAUACAAAGCACCUCCAGGACAAGAUAUUGAUAUUACCAUAACAACAAAGCCACACUCUUACAUUGGUUUAAUGGCUGUUGAUCAAAAUGCUCUUAACAUUCGAAUGGGUAAUGAUUUGACCAAUAAUGGAGUCAUGUCAGCUUUGGAAAAAUACGACUUAACUGAUAUGAGAUCAACUAUAGGAUCACCUGGAAAACAAUCUGGAGUCAUCACUAUGUCAAAUACACAUUAUGUAAUUGGAAAUGAUCCCCAAACAACAACUUCCCCCACCGUCACUUUCAAUGAUGAUGACAAACAAUCCAACAUCAAAAAGACUGAUAUUGGUCCAGCACAUAAAUUCGAAGUCAAUACUCGACCCCCACUUGCUGGACCUUAUGCCUUUAGUAGAAUACCAAAACCUUUUUGGAGUCGUCCUCGAGUCCAUGUGAUGCAAGAUGUCGCUCAUACAUGGCUUUUUAUGAAUAUUUCUUCAGGGAAUGAGGGUCGAACAACAAUUCACAAACGUCUACCAAGUCAAAUGCGUUCAUGGGUUCUUACUGGGUUCUCCUUAGACCCAGUCACUGGCUUGGGGCUAUCAAAGCCUCCAAGCAACCUCCAGUCUUUUAGAGACUUCUAUAUCUCCACAGACCUUCCAUAUUCUGUGAGGAAGGGUGAAGUACUUGCUGUACCCUUUACCGUCUUCAACAACAUGGACAGAGAUUUAACUGUCGAAGUGACUCUCUACAAUACAGCCCAAGAAUUUGAUUUCCCACAUUUGGAAAAUAAAGUCGAACCUGCUCCAAAAAUCGAGCUCUACAACCGCAGAUCAAUCAAAGUCUCCGCUAGAUCCGAUCAAUCUUUGUCAUUUAUCAUCCGACCAAAAAAAGUCGGUCAUGUAAUUAUCAAAGCAGUCGCUAAUGCCCAAGUAGCUGGCGAUACAGUCGAAAAGACACUUUUAGUUGAACCUGCUGGAGCUACAAACCGGGUUAACCGGGGCUUCUUAUUAGACUUGAGUGCUAAGCCUAAAAUAAUGGAAAACAUCACAAUAGACAUUCCCAAGAAUGCAAUUCCUGAAUCAGCCAUGAUCGAGGUAUCAGUUGUGGGUGAUUUGGUGGGUAGUGCGAUCAAAAACGUGGAGAAUCUUAUUCAGCUGCCUGUUGGAUGUGCUGAACAAACUAUGGUCAAUUUUGUUCCCAAUAUUAUGGUGCUUAGAUAUUUACAAAGAAUCCGAAAACUCUCCCCUGCCAUCGAAAACAAGGCUAAAAAGUUCCUCGAAGUUGGCUACCAACGAGAACUGUACUAUCGCCAUAAAAAUGGAGCUUUUAGUGCUUUUGGAGUGAAAGAAAGUGACUCGAGCACAUGGCUUACAGCCUAUGUUGCGAAAUCAUUCCGACAAGCUAGUAUCUAUACACAAAUUGAUGAAUCCAUCAUCAAGGCUGCCUUGGACUAUUUAUCUAAAAAUCAACGGGAGGAUGGAAGUUUCAAGGAAACUGGUGAUGUGUUUGCUCAGUUGGACGAUCAAAAUGUCAGCUUAACUGCCUUCACGGUGCUAGCUUUUAUGGAGAACUCUGAAGCUUAUCCAGAGUACAAAAAUCAAAUUGCCAGAGCAUUGAACUACAUUGCUCGAGGUCUUGAUUCAACCACAGAUACCCAUUCAUUGGCAAUUGGAGCUUAUGUUCUUGCCAUUGCCAAUCAUGGAGCUAAGGGUUCAUUCAUUCAACAACUAGACAGCAUGUCGAAUGUUGAAGAUGGCAAAAAAUGGUGGAACAAGACCACUCCUGAUGGUGACAAAAAAUCACCCUGGUACAAUCGAACACGAUCGGUUAACAUUGAGAUAACUUCAUAUGCUGCAAUGGCUUUGCUGGAGAGUAAUCUUAUUGGCGAUGCAUUGCCAAUUCUCAAAUGGCUUGUAGAUCAGCGGAAUAUGUUUGGAGGAUUUUCCUCGUCAAUUGAUACAGUUGUGGGUCUUGAGACAUUGAUCAAAUUCUCAGAACGAACUUCAAGUCAAGGAACUAAUGUUCAAGUGGUAUUUAAUUAUGGACAAGGUGCUGAGACAGCAUUAAAUGUUAAUGCUGAGAAUGCAAUUGUCUUGCAAUCAUAUCAGCUGCCAGCAACUGUGAAGAAUUUGACUAUCUCAGCGACAGGUCGUGGAGCUGCUUUAGCUCAGGUCUCUUAUAGAUAUAAUACAAAUGUGACUGGUGCAUGGCCAAGAUUUAUAUUGGAUCCACAAGUUAAUCGAAUUUCACAUGCAGAUUAUUUACAUCUUUCCAUUUGUACAAGUUUUAUUCCAGUUGAAGGAGGUGCUGAACGUUCGAAUAUGGCUGUCAUGGAAGUCAGUUUACCAAGUGGAUUUACAGUUGAUUUGGAUACUCUACCGUCUUUGGAAGCUAAUCAGAGAAUAAGGAAAGUUGAAACCAAAAAACGUGAUACUGUGGUCAUAGUUUACUUUGACUAUUUAGAUCACAGAGAAAUCUGUCCAACAUUAGAUGCUUACAAGACGUACAAAGUAACAAAGCAUUUCCCAGCUCCUGUGGUCAUUUACGACUACUAUGACAAUGCUCGUAAGGCACGAAUGUUUUAUCGUGCUCCCAAAUCAUCACUUUGCGACAUAUGUGAUGGCAGUAAUUGUGAUAAUUUCUGUGAGAAAGCCGAACAAAGACAGUCUCGUCGAUUGGAUGAUUCUGAUGAUGCCAGUAAGAGAAGUGGAUCUAGCAAUGUCCAACAAUGGUUACCACAAACCAUGUUCAGUAUUGUGAUUGUUUUGAUCCUCUCAAGGAUUCUACAGUAGAUUAAAAUCUAUUUUUUCAAAUAAUAACAAAACUUCAUUGUAUUCUUAAAACAACAACAACAAAAAACCAUCAACAAGCUUUAACCAAUAACUAAGAUCGUGAUACUAU